GUGUGCCGUGGCGAGUGGAACAUCGGUUUUUCGAGUGUAGUGUGUGUUGGGAGAAAACAACAGCCCCGCUGUAGCAGACGUUAGCUUCCUUCAUUAGCGCGGUGCUAAUGUUGGCUGUUAGCUAGCUGUGCUUGGCAAAAAGCUGGCUAGCUGUGUCGGUGGCUUGUUUGUUGCCGUGACGUUUUGAAAUACACACUUCUCUGUGGUGUGCAGUCGAUUGGCAUGCCUGAGGAGCAAACGUCUAUGUCAACGUCCGCUGAGCUAUGCAUGAACAACGUUAAGGUAUCGGUUUCUUAGCUUGUUCACACACACAUGCUAAGCUAACAAGUCACCGAUUCAGCUAGCCUCUAUGCUACGGGGUACUGCUUUACGGCAAGACAAGGCCUUGUGUGUCUGUAACAGUUAAUGCUAGCCAGGCUUCGCCGUUGUCUGUCUUGCCAGACAAGGCCAUUUUGCUUUCAAAGCAGGUUAGUUCAGGUCAACAGAAACCCAUCAUGGCUUUGUUUUGUGUGGCUACGUUACUGGCAGAACCCGGUUUAGUCACGGAUGUGGAGGAAGUGAUGACUUAUGUUUACUCAAAGUAACGACUACGGCUGCUGUCACAGAGCCACCGUGACUGUGUGUGUGUGUGUGUUUGACCUGUCUCAAAGGGGAGGACGAGUGAAUGUCAGCUUUUUGUUGUUAUUGUUCCUGAGAUUACCCUGAUCUGCUUUAUUGCAUCUUUACCUCUGUGUGCAGCAGCUGAGCACGUAUUGUAAACGUGGACACCUGUAGAUGUAUUAGGAACUGUGCUGCUAGAAACAGAACUGUAAUGGUAACCCGGUAUGACCCUAUGAUUGAGUUACUUCAGUCAAGUAAGGGAGCCUCCAGUGUCUUCAUUGAUGCAAAAGCUUCAGCAACAUGAAAUGCAUGAACUGGGCAGUAUGUUAAGUUUGCAAGGUUGAAAACUCUUGCUGUUGGUGUGCACCCUGUGAUGAUUGGAGAUGACUUAUUCUCAGUUGAAAAUAUAGAAUCUUUUAAUUAAUCCUGUCAGAGGUUUUCAUUAUCUUUACAUGAAGGGGGAGCAUGCUGAUGGGAAACACAUACUCGAGCAGAAAGAUGUCAACAUGCAAAAUGCAGUGCCUUUUAAUGUAUGAUUGUGUUAGUAGUCAUAUGACAUGCUGGUGAGCCUGUUUGUACAUGUUCUUCUCAAUAUACUUAUGCUCCACAAACACAUACAAUAACACAACAGAACAGUUUGUCAGAUGACACCUUUAGAGCUGAGCCUAUACAGAGUUGGUAAACUCUGUUAAACAAUUUCAUAAGGAAGACCCUGACCCUAAGUCAUUGUUAAUGUUUUCAAGUAUGCAUUAAAUAUUUGACUAUAUCGCCAAACUCUAGGUGAAGAACCUUGACGUCAUCCUGAUAUUGCUGGUUCAGUUGCAACAGUGUUGGAAAUAAGCACCAGACACCAGCCAAAUGCUGGUAAAAUAUGCAAGUGGCUGCUAAUUUGCUUCACUCACCCGUCACCAAAAAAUAAUGAUCUGUUAAGGGGUGAUAGAUUUUGGAAUCCACCAGCCACAGUGGCACGUGGACAGGAAAGUUCAUUUCCAACCCUGACUGUUAAUGUCACAAAUUGUGCUUUUAAUGACCUUUGUUCACAUUAAUUUGAUAAUUACUGACAGCAUAUUAUACAGCUUGUUGAAACAGAGCAGAUAUAAUAGGGAUAUCUAUUUUGGAUAUGUACAUGGGCAUAAAAAGUCCUUUGGUCAUCAAUUCAGUAUGUUACUGAUGACAGAAGUAUUUGUCACAUUAUUUUCCUGAUUGACAACCAGCAAAUGUUUCCCUUUUCAUGACUAACAAUCAAAAAACAAACAAAUGAAAAUGCUUAACUUUUUACUAGGGGUUUACCAAUAAUGGAUUUUUAAAGGCUGAUUUAAUAGCAGUAGUUUGGAACGUGCAACUUGACAGCCAAACAAUCACCUGAUAUCACCCCCAAGCCCCACAGAAAAAAAUCUGACGGUGGUGGAAAUGAGCUGUCUUUGACUUUACAACAAACUGGAUAACAGUCAAACUGAACAUCAGAGUGUUAAAUACUUGAAUAAAUCAAUCUGGAUCACUGAAUAUUAACUAAUGAAUACCUACAUAGGUACAUAAAUCUGGAACUGAACAUAAAACUAACUGUAAAAAUACAGGUGGGAGUGAUUAUUGUUUUAUAGCUAUUAAAGGAUAACUUAAGCAUUUUUCAACCUGGACCCUAUUUCCCCAUGUCUGUUGAUCAAAAAGACUGAUGUGAACAACAGUUUUUGAAGUUGGUCCAGUAUUGAGGGAGCUGCGGAACGAGCUAUAAUGGAAGCACAUGGGGCAACUAAACAUCGUCACUGUAUGUCCAUUAAAAGUAGUUAUUUUUGACACUGUUUGUUAUUUGUCUAAAGUGUCAAAAGUGUCCCUUUACCUUUCACUUGAUCCAGUGUGUUUGUUAUUACCUCCUUACACAGAAGUCUCCUUCUGAAAUAUCACAAUAUCACCAGAUGUCACUUGUUGCAGGAAAACAACAGUGGAAAUUGUGUCUGAGUUCUGGAGAGAGUAUAGUCAUCAGAGUAGUUUACAUUUUACUGUAGUUCAUUGUUAUCUGAAAGAUAUUUAGUGUCAUGGAUGAUGAUUUACCUGAUUUCAAUAGUGUGGAUGACGCCUUUGGAUUUGACCGCCGCUGCAUUUAUGUGAACGGAGUAUAUGCAGAGAAGAGUGGUCAAGGAGAGAGAGGAAAGAGGCAGUGGAGGCUCUGCAGGAUGGAAAGCAGAGAGACCAUGGAGUUUCUGAUGUUGCUGUGACCCUCUCCCCACAGAGGGAAAAUGCCUAUGUUGUAAGGAGUGGUUCAGAUUUGUGCAUUUCCGACCUGUGCCGACAAAAUGAGGAGUGAAUCUCCGAGCAGUUGUCAUACACUUUGUUGGAUAUAGGUGCGCUAGAGUUUUGGCUAGUUGUGCUACAAAUGGAUCCUAACACACCUGUCCAUACACUGCCUAUGAAGACCUGCAGGUCUGCAGUGACCACAGGGAUGACUGCUACCAAGAGCAGAAGAUAUCAGGAGCUUAUUUUCUUAAAGAAAACUACUGUUCCAAGAGUGGAUUUACCUGCUGCAGACAAGUGGAGAGGUCCCCACAUUUCAAGAGAAGACGAAGGCCUUAUUUGGAAAUCUUAUGGACGAAGAAAUGAGUCGCCAGACUGCCACCGCGCUGCCCACAGGAACCUCCAAGUGCCCCCCCUCCCAGCGCGUGCCCACCCUGUCAGGCACCACUGCCUCCAACAGCGACCUGGCCAGCCUGUUCGAGUGCCCUGUCUGCUUCGACUAUGUCCUACCCCCUAUCCUGCAGUGCCAGUCUGGACACCUGGUAUGUUCCAACUGCCGGCCCAAGCUCACCUGCUGUCCCACCUGCCGAGGCCCUCUGGGCUCCAUCAGGAACCUGGCCAUGGAGAAGGUGGCUAACUCUGUCCUCUUCCCCUGUAAGUACGCCUCAUCGGGCUGCGAAGUCACGCUGCCUCACACCGACAAGACGGAGCACGAAGAGCUGUGCGAGUUUCGGCCGUACUCCUGCCCCUGCCCUGGCGCCUCCUGCAAGUGGCAGGGCUCCCUGGACGCUGUCAUGCCUCACCUGAUGCACCAGCACAAGUCCAUCACCACACUGCAGGGGGAGGACAUCGUGUUCCUGGCCACAGACAUCAACCUCCCGGGCGCCGUGGACUGGGUAAUGAUGCAGUCCUGCUUCGGCUUCCACUUCAUGCUGGUGCUGGAGAAGCAGGAGAAGUAUGACGGCCACCAGCAGUUCUUCGCCAUCGUGCAGCUCAUCGGGACCCGCAAGCAGGCCGAGAACUUCGCCUACCGGCUGGAGCUCAACGGGCACCGGCGCCGCCUCACCUGGGAGGCCACGCCGCGCUCCAUCCACGAGGGCAUCGCCACGGCCAUCAUGAACAGCGACUGCCUGGUGUUCGACACGUCCAUCGCACAGCUGUUUGCGGAGAACGGCAACUUGGGCAUCAACGUCACCAUCUCCAUGUGCUAAGAACUUUGAAGAGAAGAGGGUCAAAAAGUUACAGAUUGUCAGGGGGCAUUUUUUAAGGGGGUCAAAUCGGUUGUGACCUCACAGCGCUAACCCCCUUUCUGCCUCACCCCUUGAGACGUGGAACUGGACUGUCUGAUCGGGCAGCCGCGGAGGCCCAGGGGGUGGGAUGGAUGAAUGGAUGGAUGGAUGAAUAAAACAAGGACAUGACUGUGUAGUGAUGGCUAUAGACUUCUUAACAAACACACAAACAUAUGUGAGACUCUUGCACGCACAUGCAGUCUCGCCCUCUCUUGGUCAUAAAACAAGGACAUAAACUGAAAAGCUGUUCAGUCAAACUCGCUUGUCAAACUCCCGUCUCAUCAAGUGAUUUUUCCCAUCGCUCUUAUUUUAGUGUCUCUCUUUCUUCUCUUCCCCUCCGUCAUCCUCAGACAUUUCAGACACUACAGCUCUGCGACCUUCACCCAGAGACGCUGGAGGCCAGUCAUCACUGAGCAGCCCUGCGCCCUGACAGCCACACACUGAGGAGGGCUCAAGCUAUAUUUCAAUAUGGACUCCCGGUCAGUGCUAGUCAGCUAUCUAGCCCCACCCACCCCCACCCCCAGAUUCCCUGCUGUUUGUAUUCCACCUCAGUACCACUCAGACCUCCUGGAUUGAACGGUUCACACGCUACCGACACUCGUAGGGCUCCAACUGUGGCUGGCUUUCACCUCAGCGGGCGUCUUCAUGUAUUAGCUAGCUCAGAGUGGAACCCAAAGCUCAUGAAGUUCUGCAUCGCAGAUUUGGGUAUUUAGCUUCACCUGUGACUGACUUUGCUAUCGAUGGCUGGGACUGGAACCGCCGCCCACAGACAUGGACGGCUGUAGCACCCAUAACCAUUGACAUCCAGUUAUGUCCAAGACAGCAGUCGGUCUACACAACAUCAGGCUCAUCUGGUUUCCUUCCGGCCCACAUCUGGUCCACCCGAAGCUAAAGAUUGUGCAUCGGACGCUCUUUAAAUAGUUGACUGUCGUUGUUGAUAGUUCUUAGAACAGACUCUGCUCUCAUACUGUAUGGAUUUAAGAAGGCCCUCAGCUACAUCAGCCCUGGAUUUUUUUUAUUAUUAUUAUUUUCAUGGAAUGGACACCACAGUGGAGUUCUCACACACACAAAACACACACCUGUUCCUUGCAUUACAGGCCAUGUGUGCAGGUGUACUAGCGAAUGAGUUGAGUGCGUGUCGGAGCAUCUUUGACCGAGGAUUAGAGGGGUCUUUUUGUUGUUUUUCAGAACGAGGAAGAAAAAAAAAACACUGCAUUUCAGUUGAGUCACAGUUUUCUUUUGGGGUUUAUUUUAUAAGUCUGUUUCUUUUUAAUUAUUUUAGUUGUCUUUUUUUUGUAUGAGAGGAGCAAAGAACUCCAGAUAUGUGUGUGUGUGUGUGUGUGUGU